AUGACGACACACGUCCGCAUCCGUUCAGCCUUAGGAAAUGCGGCAGUUGCAAACCCGGCAGUCUUUCCCCUCAGCCGCAGCAUCGCACUCAUCGUAUUGAUCACCGUCGCCGCAAUCUUCGGAGUUUGCUCCGCUCCGCCUCCUAUUUCCGCUUCGAAUGCGCCCGAACGGCCUUCCGCGUCGCCGCGCCUCCGGCGGAGCCUCCGACCCCGCCUCCCCUCCGCCGUCCAUGCGGAAUUCUCUGCCCCCCUCACCGCCGCGCAAGCCGCGCCUUGCGGAGCUGCUGCUGCUGCGACAACCAGACGCGCUACUUUGAGCGGCGGCGAUUUCCGUCGCGACGAGUCGCAGGACGCGCUGCGACGGCGCAGGCGACUGGGCGGCAAAGUCGCCGGGUGGAAUCUGUCGCUGGGGCAGUACGCGCUGGCGACGAAUCGCACGCGUCGCAGGGACCCGCUGAACGGGAUGCGCGUGUACGAGGGCGGCUACGACCCCGCCAACCUGCACUACUGGGCCUCCCUGAGUGUGACAGCAGGGUUCGGACCGUCCCUGGGUGUGACAGCGGGCCCACCCCUCUCCACCUCUCUUUAUCCCCGCCGGCUCGACAGGGGCGGGUUCGCAGUGAUGCUGGCGGGGGCAAUACUGCUGCAGAAGAGCAUGGGCGUGGUGAGGGACGGAGCAGUGGAGCGAGUGGGGGCAGUGGUGAACACGGUCUACAACGUGUCCCAGGCCAUGGCGGGGCUUACAGAGGUGGACGUCGGUGGUAACCAGAUGCCUGACAGGGCGGGCGUGUUACGACGUGCGCAGGAGGCGUGGUCGAUAGCGGAUGGCAUGCAGAGCUCGUUCAACGGCGCCCGGGACACGGCAGACCGUGCCAUCAAAUACAUGUUCAUGACAAUGUUCGCCAUGGGAGCUGUCAUCACGGCGCUGGGCGCUCUUGGCGUGGGUGAGUGCUCUCUCUUGCCCUUCAAGUGCUCUCUGUUGCCCGUCACACCACACCCACCUGUCGUACCACUCGCAACAUCCAUGCCUCUUCUCUUUCGUCGUCCCAACUUACCCUCUCCCUCGCUGUCCGGUUUCCCCAAAGCGCUGUCCAUGCUGCUGCAUCAGCACCACCAUUGCCCAUCUGUCUCCCUGCUCCCCACCGUGCCUGUGUGCAGUCCUUGCGUUGAUCAAGCUGCAUCAUCACCAUCGUGUGGGUCGUGGCAGUCGUCACUUGGUGACUCACCUCACCUCGCUCUUGAGUCGACUCAAAAGUCAUCCCUGUCUCUCUGUCUGCUUCCCCUUCUCCUGCUCGCCCGUGCAGCAUCAUCACCAUCAUGUGGGUCGUGGCAGUCGCUGGAGGGCGACACAGCAGUGGCAGCAAACGAGAUACUCCACGACGCAUCCCUGCAGAAGCAGGUGCUUGGCUCGCUGCCCUGCUCCGCCCAGCGUAGCCUCGCCUCCGUCCGUGUCAGCAUCCUUGCUGCCAGCGCCCAGGCCACCAGCCUUGUCAACACCACGGUUGCCAGCACCUACCCCCAGGUGCUGCAGCAGAUGCCAGGAGGACCCUACAGCGCCGUGUGUGUGCCGUACGCCCCUGCGCCCUCCUACACCCCCACCACGUGCCCUUCCACCGCCAUUGACCUGCAGAGUUUCGCUGCUAACCUGUACGGCCCGGCGAGCAGCGGCAUGGCAGUGGGGGUGGUGGAGGACAUAGCAGCAGUGAGCAUGGGUAUAGCAGCACUCAACGGUUCCCUUGCAGCUAUGGGCGCCGCUGCCAACUGCUCCUACGUCCUCGACUCGCUGCAUUAUGCCAUGGAUCAGGGCGACCGCAUAGAGCUAGACCUGCAGCUGCUCUGGAUUGGCUUCCUCAUCCUCUCCGUGGCCUGCAUGCUGCUCGCCCUUUGCAUCCCUGUUUACGUCUACCGGGCCGUGCGACUGGGACACGAGCCUGAAAAAAAGGGCGAUGCCGCCGACCCUGAUAGUUUGUACAAGGCGGGAGUGAGCAAUCCUCCUGUGCCUGCUGCUGCUCCUUACAUGGCAUACUCAAGUGGCCCUUCACAUGGCAAGAUGGGUUGUCUCCCACCAGAGAAGCCAUGCAGCUAUGACGGGAGUCAGGCCAGUGACACUUCCAGUGACACACGGCAUUCCUACAAGUCCAGGACAGGCUGUGGCAAUUACGAUCAGCGCUGUAUGACAGGCAACUGCCCUUAUUGCCCUGGAUAUCUAGGGAAGUUUUGA